UGCCGUAGGCGUGCGCCUGUGAUCGUGGACUACUUGAAGCAUGCGCUACCUAGCGCGUGACUAUUAAGUUUUCAUGAAUUUAGUUUGUAAGAAUAGCUAAUAUAAUUAUGUGGUUUCCUUUUUUUUUGAAGGUAGGAACCAUUUACAAGAGAGGCAAAGGUAGGGGUGGACCGUAUUGUCUGGUUGCACCAACGAGAAGCAGCAUGGAAGUGAAAGAUGCCAAUUCUGCCAUGCUCAGCAAUUAUGAAGUCUAUCAGCUGUUAAUGGACUUGAAGGAGCAAAAGAAAGAGAGUGGAAAAAACAAACACAGUGCUGGUCAGCAGAACCUCAAUACAAUCAUGUAUGAAACUUUAAAGUAUCUAUCAAAGACACCUUGUAAGCUCCAAUCCCCUGUUGUAGUGAGAGACUUUCUGAAUGCUAUGCUUUCUCACAAGCUUACAAAGGCUGAGAAACUGCAACUUCUGAAUCACAGACCCCAGACAGCUGUUGAGAUUCAACUGAUGGUGGAAGAGAGCGAAGAACGUCUGACAGAGGAACAAAUAGAGCAACUCAUUGAAACAGUAACAACAAUUCUGCCAAGUGAUCCUGAAGAGGAACAGUUAACUGCUGCAAAGGAGGACGAGGAAGAAGUUGUGGAGGAACAGCAUUAGACCCAAAAAGAUACUUAAGCUGAAAGAGAUAAAAUUGGACCAAUGGAACUUCCUUCAUUUGCUGUCCGAGCAUGACCUUGUUGAGAAGAGAUUACUUGCCAACUUAAGUCAAAGUGUGAUCAUACGCAAGUUAACCUUGCCUAAAUUUAACUGUUUGGCACAAAGCUUUAAUAUAAUAGUUUAGUACAGCAAAGAUUGGCAGUGAAGGAGUUUUGUAAUUCUUUCCUGGAGAAUAUACACUGCCAGGCCUCAAGAAAAAUAAAAGCUAAAUAUUAUUAAAGUGAAUAUGUUUCUGGGGUGAAGAAGAGCCAAGGAGGCAGAGCUUAUAACUCAGUUAUCUAUAUUGUUUUUCUCAUGCUAUUAUUUUUAUUCUGUUUGGAGCCCCAUCUGAUAUAGUAGUACAUUGCCACCCAUUUUGCUUUAUAUAGCUAAAAUCAAUUAAACAUUCAAGGUGUAUGUUGAGAGAAACAGAACUAUCUUGGCUUAAGGAUUAAUAUUAUACAGAAUUUGAUACAGAUGCACUGCUGUUUGGAUCUUAUUUAUUCUGCAGGUUGUUAGGCCAUGAGUUAUGUUAACACCAUGCUAAGCUCCGUUUAGGACAAAGAAAAUUGAAAAAGGCUGAGAGUGCUUUUAUUUCCAGAGAUGUUUUUUUUUCUUUAUAAUUUAUAUAUAUGUACUUAUCAAAGAGCACUGGGAGAUUUUUUUUUUUUUAAUGUAACCAGAAUGCAAGUAUGGAUCCAUCUGGAUUUGAAAACCUUAGUCAAGGGAGGGACUUGAAGGACUGUGAACAACGAAGUGAUAUAAUUUAAUAGGCUAUCACUCACACUUUAAAUAAAGCAUAGGAGAAAGAAUAAUU